AUGCUCACAAGAUUCAAAUACGACUCACUAUUCCUAAAACUGCUCUCCGAAGAUACACUAGACAGACUAAUUGCGAGGUAUUACCCACUGCUGCAUCUUGUGGUCGCCACCGGGAAUCUGGCGAUUACUCGAGCACUGAUGGAUGCUGGCGCGCCAGUCGAGGCAAGGCUUGAAGGGCUGGGCACCCCACUACAGAUCGCUUCCUCGCAAGGCCACCAGCAUAUUGCCGAGUACCUGCUCGACUGCGGCACGGGUAUCCUGGUGUCGGAUUCGCGAGGGCAAUCAGCGGUUAUGUCUGCAUCAGGACGCGGAUCGAAAUCAUUGCUUCGGCGCCUUAUCCAUGCUACUCGAUCGGCCGGAGGAGAUCCCUUCCACCCUGGUUAUCAUCGGGCCAACGCCAAGGCAUUUAACUCCAUGGGGCCUUCGGAACUUUGCCGACCUUCUUGA